ACCAGUCCAGAAGAAGACUCAGGGUCCUCCUGUCUGCUGCUGCGUUGUUCCUAAUCUUUCUCGUGCUCGUCCGACGCGUCUUUUUUUUUUUUGCUCAAGAUUGUCUUGUUGCUGGGUCCGUAGGAGAAGUGAGAAACCCAUUACCCGAGUGUCAUCAGUCAAACCAGAUCCAAAGAUGGCAGCUUCUACCAAGACAUACACGCUCAACAACGGCGUCAAGAUCCCGGCUAUCGGGUUCGGCACCUUCGCCAACGAAGGAGCCAAGGGGGAGACGUACAAGGCGGUGACCAAGGCGCUGGAAGCCGGCUACCGCCACCUCGACUGCGCAUGGUUCUACCAGAACGAGGACGAGGUGGGCGACGCACUCCACGACUUCCUGGGCAAGAACCCGACGGUGAAGCGCGAGGACAUCUUCAUCUGCACCAAGGUCUGGAACCACCUCCACGCGCCCGAGGAUGUGAAGUGGAGCUUCGAGAACUCGCGCCAGAAGCUGCGGCUUGACUAUAUCGACCUCUUCCUCGUGCACUGGCCGAUUGCGGCGGAGAGGAACGACGACUACAGCGUCAAGCUCGGGCCGGACGGCAAGUACAUCAUCAACAAGGAGCUGACCGAGAACCCGGAGCCGACGUGGCGGGCGAUGGAAGAGAUCGCCGAGAGCGGCAAGGCAAAGGCGAUCGGUGUGUCCAACUGGACGAUCCCGGGGCUGAAGAAACUGCUGAGCUUUGCGCGCAUCAAGCCGACAGUCAACCAGAUUGAGAUCCACCCGUUCCUCCCCAACACGGAGCUGGUCAACUUCUGCUUCGAGAACGGCAUCAUGCCGGCCGCGUACUCGCCGCUGGGGUCGCAGAACCAGGUGCCCACGACGGGCGAGACGGUGCGCGAGAACCCGACGCUCAACGAGGUGGCCAAGCGCAGCGGCCUCAAUCUUGCCCAAGUGCUGCUGGGCUGGGGUCUCCGGAGGGGCUACGUCGUGCUGCCCAAGAGCUCGACGCCGAGCCGCAUCGAGAGCAACCUCCAGGUGCCGAUUCUCAACGACGCCGAUUUCCAGGCGGUCGAGGACGUUGCCCGGGGUAGGCACACCCGGUUCGUCAACAUGAAGGAUACUUUCGGGUAUGAUCUGUGGGCGGAUGAAUCGAGUUGAAAGUCGAGGUUGCACGUUUGGAAAGGGGUUGGGUUGAUCAAAAUUAGACUUUGGAUAGAUACCGUAAAUUUUUUGGAUGUUAAAAAUGCAAGUACCAGCGAUUGGUUUGAUAGGAAGGCCGGGAAGGUUGAAAAUGGAAUCGAGUUGUUAAUGCAUGGCUUCGCACGGAACCCCCAACCCUCGUUUUCUUAAUUAGGUAACCGAAGGAUUUCACCGUUGCUCUUCCGAUGCUACCUACAGGUACAUAGCCCAACGCUAGAAGGAUGGAACCCCUCAAUAUUUGUCAGC